AUGUCAGGCUGGCACAGCCUCUCUGGGUACUUGUACUUCAAAGAAGGGGGAGGUAUCAGUCUGCUGAGGAGUAAGAAAAAACUAUGGUGUGUGCUUGAGGAGAGUCAAUGUCAGUUGCUCUACUUUAAAACUGAGGAGGAUGUACACAACAAGUCACCCCUCGGGAGCCUCAAUAUCCAGGGAGCAGCCAUAUCUCUGGACCUGGACAACCACAAUCAGUUCAUUAUUAUAUCUGACAACAAAGAGUACCAGUUUACAGCCGAGAACCAUGAAUCCAUGAUGAUUUGGUUACUGGGACUACAGGCCAAACGAGACAGGGGAGAGAACCAGAGAGGUAAAUCUACAGAGGGACGAUAUGAGGAGGAAGCGGAUCAAAACUGCACGAGGAGAAUAUCUGAUAUCACCAGACCUGGAGGACUUGAGGGAGCUACUGGGAAUGAUCCGAGUAACCAACGAAAGUUACACUGGCACAGAGGCCGUAAUGGUAAACUAUGGGAGUCUGUUGACACAAGUAUGGGCUUGUGUAAGUCUAAAGCCCAUAUAGACCCAACAAGGUCAAGGUCACUGCCUCCUGUGUUUGAAGAUCAAAAAGCGCUGGAAUUUGGGGUCAGUGUAGGAAAAAUGCUGGAAUUUGGGGUCAGUGUUGGAAAAGUGCUGAAAUUUGGGUUCAGUGUUGAAAAAGUGCUGGAAUUUGGGGUCAUUGUUGGAAAAGAGUUAGAAUUUGGGGUCAGUGCUGGAAAAGUGCUGGAAUUUAGGGUCAUUGUUGGAAAAGAGGUGGAAUUUUGGGUCAGUGUUGGAAAAGAGGUGGAAUUUGGGGUCAGUGUUGGAAAAGAGGUGGAAUUUGGGGUCAGUGUUGGAAAAGAGGUGGAAUUUGGGGUCAGUGCUGGAAAAGAGUUGGAAUUUGGGGUCGGUGCUGGUAAAGAGUUGGAAUUUGGGGUCAGUGCUGGAAAAGAGUUGGAAUUUGGGGUCGGUGCUAGAAAAGAGGUGGAAUUUGGGGUCAGUGCUAGAAAAGAGCUGGAAUUUGGGUUCAGUGCUGGAAAAGAGCUGGAAUUUGGGGUCAGUGCUAGAAAAGAGCUGGAAUUUGGGGUCAGUGCUGGAAAAGUGCUGGAAUUUUUAUAUGAAAAACCUUCUGCUGUGCAUUGUGACAACUACAUGGCAACUGAGAUCCCACUGCCAGUCCCUAAACGCAAACAAGUCAAAAUGAGUCGCAGUCUGGACACACAGGGGAUACAAUUCAAGAAAAGUUAUGACAAUCUCAUUAAAUUGUCAUGUGGUCCUGACGGCAUCAGGUCGUACACCGAAGAUCAUCACAGAUAUUUUACUAGUCACGGUCAUCUGGACUCGAGCAGUGGCGGGGACAGUGAUGAAGUUUUCGGAGAUUUCAGUGGAUCACGAAAAUCCUCUGAGGAUCAUCAAGUACAUGUAUUACAGUCAGAUGUCUGCCUCGACUCGGCUUUAGGUAUGGAACUUUCUCCGUCGGAUCCCACAGACAACAAGGAACCGGGCAGCUGCAGCUCACUAUCAGUAUCCAGUGACUCCGCAAUAGACAAAGGGGAGACAACUUCGUCAGAACUAGCCAGUCGUCUGAUGGAGUUGGAGAAAGAGCUCAUAUCCACCAAAUGUGAACUGGCAAAGGUGAUAAACCAACAGUCAGGUUACCAGGAGCUCCUGGCACAGCGUGAUGAUGCCAUUCGCUUCCUGGAGGGCCGUCUGGACACCUCUGGAGCAGACUCAAACAUGUUAACACUAAAAAACAGUAAGUCUUCAGCCUCCCCUGGGACUGUUAAAGCUGAGGAGAUGGAAGAGAGGCUCCGUGUCCUGCAGCACCAGAAUCGCUUCCUCAAUCUGGAGGUGAAAAAACUGGCCAAACUACGACAGACAGAGCGAGAAAGCUUCUUUCAACAAGAGGAACGUAUACGUGCUCUAGAGGCAGAGAUAGAGAAAUGGAAAGUGGAUUAUGUGUCAAUCAUACGCUCCAGUAUCCGGUAUCCUGGAGGUGACACGAUGGAUGAGGCUGAGCUGAUACUGUUUGGUGGUGACAGACACCAGAAGCGAAUCAUCAAACUCCUGGAGGAUGCUCGCAAAAGUAAUCCUAGCCUACCCACUUAUGAAAGUCUGAACAGUGGAGAUAUCCAUGUGGAUGUUUAUGGAUUUAAACAUGUGUUUGAGGACCAAGGCCUGCUGCUUCAUUAUCUGUGUCAGGAGCUCACACAUCACUACAUCCUACAGGCUGGCCCCUACGAGGACCACCACAGGAAGUGGACACACUUCAUGAGGCAGCAUGGGAAAUCCAUCACAAACCAUUAUAAGGAGUUAAAGACAUUGUGCCGUGGAGGUAUACCUGACAGAUUCCGUAAGCAGGUCUGGCGACAACUCAUCUUCUAUCGUGUCAAGGACACUAUGGAUCAGAAGGGCAUGUACUAUUUUCGGAACCUUUGCAAUGCCUUACCUGACUCACCUAUGGCAUCGUGCUACAGGAAGCAGAUAUCAUUGGAUUUGAUGCGAACAAUGCCUAGCAACACCAAGUUCUCCAUGGCCGGAUCUAAAGGGAUUAUGGACCUCCAGGAUGUGUUGCUGGCCUUCUGUGUACACAAUCCAGCUAUUGGUUACUGUCAGGGCAUGAACUUCAUUGUAGGCAUGGCACUUCUCUUCAUGGAUGCCCAUGAUGCCUUCUGGAUGCUGGUGGCGUUUACAGAACAGUUUUUCCAGAAACACUACUUUGACCACAAUCUCAUCGGGGCCCAGUCUGACCAACAUGUCUUCAAGGACAUCUUGGCUGAGAAACUGCCACAUCUCAAUCGCCACCUAGAUAGUAUCGAUAUUGAGAUUUCUACUGUCACACUUAACUGGUUCCUGGCUAUCUUCUUUGAUGCUGUGCCAUUCCAGACUCUGUUAAGGAUCUGGGACUGUUUCCUGUUGGAAGGACCAAAGGUCUUGUUUCGCUUCACACUGGCCAUCCUCAAGAUGAAUGAGAAAGAAAUUCUGCAGAAGAGAGAUACAAUAAGCAUUAUGAGAUAUCUCAAGACCUGUGCCAAGCAUACCUUUGAUGCUGACAGUCUCAUCAUGGCUGCCUUUAAGGAUAUUAAAGGGUUCCCUAGGCGACAGGACAUGGCAACCAAGCAGGCAUGUUACCUGAAGACACUGAAAGACAAAAACAAGCAAAAAGAGCUUCAGCGUCUGGCGUAUACCGAGAGGGAACACCUGUAUUUUAAGAUGGAGAAUGAGACGGGUAACUACAUGGGAAUCGGGUCGGCUGUCGCGGUUGAUGACGGUAAAGUAUGGUUCUGCUAUGGUGAUCAGAAUGUUGGGAAGGUCUCCAAGAUAACCUGUGAGGAAGGCCUGAUGUACGACAUUAACUUGGAAUUUGACUCCCGAGUGAUGUGUCUACACCCUGUGAGUAACAACAUUGUGUUACUGGGAACACUCUCCUGGAUGUUAUAUGCCUACAACACAAAAACAAGGGACAGCCUCUGGAAGCUACAGCUCCACGAUGCCAUACUUUCGCUGUGUUGCUAUGACGACAAAGAGAACAUGGUAACCAGACAUUUCGCAGGCCUUGCUGAUGGCACCCUGGCAGUUAUGGAGCAAAGUAACCUGGAGAAGACUAUCCCUGAAAGUGACAUCAUGUACAUUCCCAUUGGCCAAGCUCCUCUAGCAUGUCUCUUGUUGCUAGGAGACCAGCUGUGGGUAGCUAGUGGUAACACUGUGAGCAUCAUACAUGCCAGGACUCUGGACACUAUGGACAGCUUUACAGUGUCCAUAAACCCAUAUGACCACAUCCUGUCCCUGAUAACAGGGCAGUUCGGUGUUUGGAUCAUCCUACGUGGGUCCUCCAUUUUGGAACUCUGGGAUGCCAAGACACUCAACUGUAAGAUGUUGUACGAUACUCGAACUGACCGCUACCCACAACUGAGGAAGGAGGACGAGACGUACUUCAAUCGAGCACGGAUUACAGCUGUGGUUGACAUAGGGCACUUUGUCUGGGUUGGCACCGGUGAAGGCAACCUCAUAAUCUAUGAAGUGAUGGAGCAGGCCAAUAUAAAAACACCCACUGAUCAGUCGCCUUCCACUGAGACCAUGUCCAGCAUCCUAAGCAAUUCAGUAGCACCUUUCAGUCAUAAGAAAAAAUUCUCUCAUGCUGGUGGCGAUCCACGCAUCGAUGGUGCCUGUCGAGCAAAAGAUAAAAAAUCUGUGGAAGAGGCGGUUCGUACAGAUAAGUCAUUGGCUGUUGGUGGUCAUGUGACUAAUUCAGCUCCCUCAUCCAAUUGGAUAAGUACAACCACUACAUCAGACACUGCCUCCACAGGUACCAGUACGCCAAGAAUGUUGUCUCCCAGGGCAAAGCCCCGCCGGGUAGACAUUUCUAAAAAAAAUGAGGACUGUAAUAAAGGGAAGGCAAGCACAGAGAUUGCCAAGCCUCCGAUAGCCAUGGAACGCUCCUCGAGUGAUGAGAAUGUCCGUAAAAACAGCUCAAAAACAACGUGUAAACACAGAUCCCGGAGGGAUAGCCUUAGGGGCCAUCACCAGGCUAGUCCAACACAAGAGGUCAAAGGUCACACAAAUGACACAAAAGUAGAGUCCCCUGAUAAUGUUAAACCAUUAGAUACAAUGGUUGGAUCAUCAGAGACUUUAGAGUCAGUAAAACGUUUUGAUGCUACUGAAAACGCGUGUAGAAAGCAAGAAAAUGUUGAAUCCGUUCACAAGAAAUCACAACAAACUGCAAGUGAGGAUUCUAAUAGACAAAGGAAAGUUGGUGUUGCACAACUACAGGCUCCAAUGCUGAAAAACGAUACAGAUAUUAGUGGACCAGCCUUCAAACACACUGGUCAGUGUGACUUAAAGGAACCAAAGUGUGAGGAGGUUUCCAUUCCAAAACAUAGUUGCCAUGGCAACAAAGCCGGGGAUGUUCCAUUUGCAGAUAAGAAUGGGCCAUGUUCUGGAGAUUUAAAUGAGAAGAAAAAUCAGUCAGAAGAAGUUGGAAACAGAGAGAAUGUUUUACCAGACACCCUCAGCUUGAAUGACAUUGGCCAGUCCUUGAACUUUAACAGGGCCAUGUCCCGUCACCACAAGGUUAACAAAUGGCUGUGUUCUCUAGAAGGGCUGGCUCAUAGUGACCAGUCAGAUAAAGUCACUGACCAUGAUGAUAAACAAGGAAUCAAUGGAGAGGACAAAUUGGUAUUAAACAGUCCAGCAUCUGAGGAGAAUAUCCUCUUGAUGAAGAAGUCUGUCUCCACAGAGGAGGUGUGCUAUAUAGCAGAUGAGGAUGUUUUCGGCUCGUCUGACCAAGCCGUGUUGCCUGAUGAGGAUCAUAGUGAUGUAUGUGGUGUUACAGAUCCCAGCCCUGGAUUUGAAUCUGCGAAACAAAUGUUCCACUGUGACUCACUGGAGUCUGAAGGAGUCAGUAGUGUCAGUGACAAAAUGAUUGACAGCCAUCUCAAUUCCAAUAACCCAGAAGUGAAGUAUCGCCUUGACUUUUCUGGUCUGCACAUAGAAACUGACAGUGAACUAGAGGCAUCCAAACAUACCUCCAGAUGUGGGUCCGUCAGUGAGAUCAGCUAUUUUAACUCGAGAAAAAAUAGUCUGGACGGGAGACAGAUCAGCCUGAGUGAGUUCGGUUCGAGAUUACAGAGCAUGGACAGUAGACAUAAUAGUUUGGACGGAGUGCUAUUUCCGGGGAUGGACACAAAUAAAGUCACUCAAGCAGAUCUGAUCAGAAUGGACAAUUGGUCAUUGUCAGUGAGCGGGAGUCCAUCAUCCUCUGAGCCUCGUUUACUGGACCAGAUGCAGACCCACACUCUAGUGAGUCGUAAGCUGUCCCUGUGUGGUAAGCGACGCGAGAUACUAGACUGGGGGGACCUAUAUGCCAGUGGCAAACAAUCGGCCGGAAGUCCGAUGAGUUCUGUGGAUCAAAAAGUCCAAGACUUCUUAAGAACCCCAAGCAUGAGCAGCCGGCCAAGCUCACUGUGGUCAAGUUAUGAAAACAUCUCGACCCCAUCCCAGGGGGAUGAAGACACGGACAGUGUAGGGAAACGCCCAGUACCAGUACGGAGUAUCAUCAGUCACUCAGCUAGUUCUGUCUCCCUCUGUAGUACCACCCCUGAUGUGUUCUUUACCACAGAACUCUGUCUGCAGAUGAAGGUUAAAAUAGCAGACAAACCUGUAAGGAGCUUCCUGAAGACAAGCUGCAAUGGUUCCCAAGUCUUGUUGAGUUUCUCUGGUUGCUAUGGUGAUGACGAAGCAGUAUUGAAAUGGAGACAAGAUCCCAAUGAGCGCCUGUGGACCAAUGAGCCAAUAGUUGAGAUAUGUCCUAAGACCAAGCUGACAAGGCUGCCAUCUUACAUGAGAGGGAGGUUAUCUUCAACUUCCUCACACAAUAGUCAGAGCAGCGGCUUUUCCUUCCACAGCGCCUCCUCUCGACCUCACACCUAAGAUCAUUCAGCAUCACCAGAUUUUACAAGUCAGCAGGUUGCAUAAUGCAUUGGGACUUGAAGAAAAACGGAAUAUUCCGUCUCCUCUUUAUGGUUCAUGUAACUAAUGAAUCCCACAAAUGUGUAACACUAGGGUCACAAAUGUACAUACCCAAAGAUUCACCAGGUGUACAUGUAGCUAAGGUCUCACAAAAACAUCUGAGUAAUUAUUGGCCUACACAUUAUUGUGAGCAAUAAUGUAACUCAGGUGCAUUUUCCUUAUAAAGUCACAAAGAAUAUAAAUUAAAAGUGCAUUAAUUACUUUGAUUUGAUUAUCUGAUAUUGUACAUUUAUAAAGUUUGGCACAUUUUCCUGUGUUAUGUAUUUUGAUAAGAUGUAUAAAGAAUUAAAAUGAUCUGAAGGAACAUUUUUAUCAUUGACACUUGAAAUUAAAACAUAACAUUUAUAAUUAACAAGGUUGUUCAACUAUACCUGUGUGAGUUCAAUUUCACCUGUUGUUGUUCAACAGUAUGUGUGUGAGUUCAAUUUCACCUGUUGUUGUUCAACAGUAUGUGCGUGAGUUCAACUUUACCUGUAGUUGUUCAACUGUACAAGUGUAAGUUCAACUUUACCUGUUGUCGUUCAACUAUACCUGUGUCAGUUCAACUUUACCUGUGUCAGUUCAACUUUACCUGUGCGAGUUCAACUUUACCUGUGUGAGUUCAACUUUACCUGCAGUUGUUCAACUUUACCUGUAGUUGUUCAACUUUACCUGUUGUUGAUGAGCUUUAACCCAGCCUGUGAUAUAACAUUAACAGUAAAUUGAAACACUUUAUAUUUAUAUGCAAAGAUAUUUUUUUGGAUAAUUUCUAGUCAUUUUCAGCAGAAACUCUACUUGUAACUGGCAAUGGUAGAGUGGUCUGUAUCUAUAAUCAAGACUUGUGUCAGAUACCACAAAAAUAGAACAAAUUAUUAUAAUGUAAUUAUAUAAGAAGUAGAUUAAAAUUGUGAUAUUUAGACUAAGAUAGCGCUAUAUUGAGAAUUAUGUGACACUUUAUUGAGACUAAGAUGACACUAUAUUUAGACUAAACUGAUACUACAUUUACACUAAACUGACACUGUAUUUACACUAAACUGACACUAUAUUUACACUAAACUGACACUAUAUUAAGACUAAACUGACACUGUAUUUACACUAAACUGACACUAUAUUUACACUAAACUCACACUAUAUUUACACUAAACUGACACUAUAUUUACACUAAACUGACACUGUAUUUACACUUAACUGACACUACAUUAAGACUAAACUGACACUGUAUUUACACUAAACUCACACUAUAUUUACACUAAACUCACACUAUAUUUACACUAAACUGACACUAUAUUUACACCAAACUGACACUAUAUUUACACUAAACUGACACUAUAUUUACACUAAACUGACACUAUAUUUACACUAAACUGACACUGUAUUUACACUAAACUGACACUGUAUUUACACUAAGCUGACACUUUAUUAAGACUAAACUGACACUACAUUUAGACUAAACUGACACUAUAUUUACACCAAACUGACACUACAUUAAGACUAAACUGACACUAUAUUAAGACUAAACUAACACUGUAUUUACACUAAACUGACACUGUAUUUACACUUAACUGACACUACAUUAAGACUAAACUGACACUGUAUUUACACUAAACUGACACUGUAUUUACACUAAACUGACACUGUAUUUACACUAAACUGACACUGUAUUUACACUAAACUGACACUAUAUUUACACUAAACUGACACUGUAUUUACACUAAACUGACACUGUAUUUACACUAAACUGACACUACAUUAAGACUUAACUGACACUGUAUUUACACUAAACUGACACUAUAUUUACACUAAAGUGACAUUGUAUUUACACUAAACUGACACUUUAUUAAGACUAAACUGACACUGUAUUACACUAAACUGACACUAUAUUUACACUAAACUGACACUAUAUUUACACUAAACUGACACUAUAUUUACACUAAACUGACACUAUAUUUACACUAAACUGACACUGUAUUUACACUAAACUGACACUUUAUUAAGACUAAACUGACACUGUAUUACACUAAACUGACACUAUAUUUACACUAAACUGACACUAUAUUUACACUAAACUGACACUGUAUUUACACUAAGCUGACACUGUAUUUACACUAAACUGACACUACAUUAAGAAUUAACUGAUACUGUAUUUAUACUAAGCAUUCAUUUUAAGACUAAUGUAUCCAUGCUUUUGUAUACACUGCCAUUGAUUGACUAGUUUGUACUGACACAGUAAAUUACAUAGGUAAACAGUCAAACACAUGUGCUUGUUGUCUGUACACGACUCUAUAAAUAAGUAGUGUGCAGCUUAAUAUUGUGCUUGACCAGUUGUUUCUAAUUUGAUAUUGGUUGUAAGUGAAACAAUACAUUUUUUUAUUUUUUAUUUAUAUGUAUGUUACUUAUAACAUAAAACCAUAUAUUAUAUAUAUUUAUGAUGUUACUUGUGAAAUAUCAGUCCUCUAUUACCUUGCCUAUGACAUUAUUACUGUGACUAUGACGUUUGUUACAUUACAUUAUUACUGUGACUAUGACAUUUGUUACAUUACAUUGUUACUGUGACUGACAUUUGUUACAUUACAUUGUAACUGUGACUA